AUGCAAUUGGGGAAAUUUUCUCAGGCACAAAAUAAUAGGCCUCAGGGUGGGUUUCCUAGUGACACAGAGAAUCCAAAUCAGGGUUUGCCUAAGUACGCUAAUUACUUGAAGGAUGUGAUCACUAAUAAGACAAAUCUACAGGGCAUUAAGAUGUUGUCAUUGACAAAAGAGUGCAGUUUGUUGGUAAUGAGGAAGAUUCCCAAGAAGUUGAAGGAUCCAUGGAUUUUUACCUUCUUAUUUCAAAUUGGUGACAAUGAUGUUGUCCAUGCAUUGAGAGAUUUAGGGGAAAGUUUAAACUUUAUUACCCUGUCAGUGUCAAAUAUUCUUGGUUUGGGAAAGCUGAGGCCAUGCUCUGUGGUACUCGAAAUGGCAAAUAGAACUAGAGUACAUCCUGACAGAAUCAUUGAGGACGUGCUAGUUAAGGUUGUUAAGUUCAUUAUUCUUGUUGAUUUUAUCAUUCUUGAUUAUGAAGCAGAUAACAAGGUUCGAAUAUUGGAAUGUCCAUUCUUUGCAAUAGAAGGAUCACAGAUUGAUGUUAGAGAGAGCACGCUAAAGGUGAGAUUGGAUGAUGAAGAGGUUGUCUUCAAAUUAUACUUAUCACUCUAUCACACUUUGCACAACAAGGAUUUGCAUGAUUAUAUACAUGAAGGUGGAUGA